GUGACGGUUAGCGGCGGGUGUUGAAGCAGUAACGGUAGCAGCGGCGGCGGCCUGGCGGGGCGAAAGGAAGGGUCUCGGUGCGAGGGAGGCGCUAUGGCGACCACUGUCACUACCCAGCGGGGCCCGGUAUAUGUUGGUGAGCUUCCUCAGGAUUUUCUUCGCAUCACCCCAACCCAGCAGCAACAGCAAAUCCAACUGGAUGCCCAGGCAGCUCAGCAGCUACAGUAUGGAGGACCAAUGGGUACAGUAGGCAGACUCAGCAUUACCAUUGUACAGGCAAAAUUGGCAAAGAACUACGGAAUGACCCGCAUGGAUCCGUAUUGUCGAAUACGGCUGGGCUACGCUGUGUAUGAAACGCCCACAGCACAUAACGGAGCCAAGAACCCUCGCUGGAACAAAGUUAUUCAGUGCACUGUUCCUCCGGGUGUGGAUUCCUUUUAUCUAGAGAUAUUUGAUGAGCGGGCCUUUUCAAUGGAUGACCGCAUUGCUUGGACGCACAUUACAAUUCCAGAGUCCCUGAAGCAAGGAAAUGUGGAGGAUGAAUGGUAUAGUCUGAGUGGAAGGCAAGGUGAUGACAAAGAAGGAAUGAUUAAUCUGGUUAUGUCAUACACGUCUUUGCCAGCUGCCAUGAUGAUGCAGCCCCAGCCAGUGGUCUUGAUGCCCACUGUGUACCAGCAAGGAGUUGGAUAUGUGCCUAUAGCAGGGCUUGAGUACUUUGCUCUGGGAAUGCCUACAGUCUGUAUUGCUGUAGCAGAGGACAGGACUGAGCCCUAAUGUACUCCGACAGCUAAUUGCACUCUUAGUACUUACUUCUGCAUUCCCACAGUUAUUCCAAAGGAUGAACGCAGACAGAAAGAUUUUAUACCUUGAAAAUUAAUGACGUGGUAAACAGUUAUUUGAGGCUGUCUUGUAUUUAAAAAAGCAGAAACCUGUGAUUUGUUUGUUAGACUUCUUUCUUUACACCUAAAUUUCAGCCAAAUUAUCAUUUUACAUUGGUGGAAAAGUUACUAUAAGAGUUUUUUUCAUUUAAUCUGAAAUAAACAUGAAAAGUAGCUUUGGGAAUCUUCAAAUGGUAUUUAAAGUUUUCCAGUGACUUGUUGGAUUAAGGUUGCUCUAAUUACUUCAAUAUUAUUUGAAGCAGGUGGGAAUAAAUUCUUUGUAGGAGAAGAUUUAACAUAUCUGAGUUAGUCUGAUCCUCAGAAGAGGUUGGAGGUUGCUGAUAUUUAUUGUUAGUAUCAUUUUUUUCAGACAUCAGAUCAUCUUGGAGCUGCAGAAUCUUGAAGUAGGCACCUGUUAAAACUGUUGGAUAAAUUCUGCGAUGUGUAUUUUUGUAGAUGGUGAAGUAAUGCACUUUAAAGUAGUAUGCACCAGUAUAUUUUAUCAGUGAUGUGCAAUGUUGCUGUUUUGUCUUUUUAAUGUUUGACUUCAAAUACUUUCUACAAUAGCCAUAGACUUUUAUAUUUUCAGGAGUUAGAAUGUACAUUUGAAAUGUAGGCUCUUGAGUGAUUCACGAGAACUUUAAAGCCAGGUUUGGAAUAAGGAAAAUAGACCCUUAUUCUCCUCUUCUCCACGCUUUGUUUCAUUUCCCACACGUAAGAUUUUUUUCUUAUCUGCUGAAAAGCUGAUUUUCCCGACUACAUUCAAGAAGCCUCUAAGUAGCCUUGGUAGAGUGUGAAUGUUUAUUUUUUUUAUGAUUGAAAGUGAUACUGAAACUUUUAAAAUACAGUACCAAAAAAUCAUCCCAGUUUCUGAUCUUCUAAAAUAAUCUUUUCAUAAUACGUGAUUUUAAGUUUUCUUUUGAAUCCCCUCCUGUCUUAAACUUCCCUUUGAAAGCGUGUCUUUAUACAUCUUUCUAUCUGCUUUCCAAUAAUGACAUUCAAGGCUAUAGUUUCUUGUUUUAUAUAUGGAGUCACCACACGUUUAGUUUCCAAAACAAACAAGGUGUUCAUCAAGAAAGUGGUCUUGUCCCUUCCCUACAGUAGUGUUAAAUUUUGUGAUUGAAUAGGUAUAGAGGCAUUUGGUCUUUAUUUUCAUAGCACAGUGAUUUGUGGCAUGUCACCCAAGAGGAUAAAUCUUGGUAAGGAUUUAGUGCUUAGAUACCACUUCCAGGAAGAGUCCCUUGCUCUAACUUUUACACAGAUAGCAUGAAUUGCUAGGGAUGGAAUAAUUCAGGGAAAAUGUACAUAUAUAAAUUUUUAUAUUAAAAUGUUGGGGUCCGUAAUAACAGCUUUUUAUAAAAGCAAGCGAUCAUGGUUGAACCUAACGGCUGGUAAAUUGUACUGCAUUCUAUUACAGCUGAAUUGCAAGCACAGAAUAAACACCCUGUUUCAAUCCUAACAUUCAGAAGGGGAAGCAAGAAGGUUAGGUUAGCCAGGUUCAUUCAUAAACUGACUUUCAGGCCUCUGGGAGAGUUGUAGCUCCUGUUCUUAACAGUUUCUUUUGUUUGUUUUAGGCAAAUGUUAUGCGAAGCAGUAGUUGUAUGAGUUGCAGAUGGGAAAUGUAGGAGCGGCAUGGCCAGUAGAUGGAUUUCGGCAUGUUACUCAAACAUAUUGUUCUGGGGAUUUUUGUCUUGAUUAAUUAUUAUAGCUGAAACUCUUAUGUCAAGAUGUGCUACUUGUUAAAAAGAACAAAACACUGAUCAUGAGCCUACUCAACUUUUCAGCAUUCGUAUCCUCUCAGUCAAGCUGCUUAUUGUUAGGUUUGGGUUGGAGAGACAUGAAAAAAGGCAGGGAGUAGUUAUUCGAGGGCCUGUAAAAUGAAGGCACUGGAACGGAAUGUCUUUUUCAUGAUUUAAAAAAAAAAAACAUUGUCACUCAUUACGAUUGUAGCUUUUGACAAAUUCUAACAGGGUGAUACUCUGAUACUGCUCUUCUCAACAGCUUCAAGCAGCCUGGAGCCAAAGCCAGCUGUAUAAGACUGGCAUCUGCUAAAAGUUAGUGCUUUAGAGUACUAGUUUGA